CCGUGGAGCCCGCUUGCAGCUACACUGAAGGAAAUGCUUAUGUGCUCCACAUUAAACCAGAGUGCUUCUGAAGGAUGAAUAGCAGUGGACCAGCAUACCCGUUAGCCUCUCUCUAUGUCGGUGACCUUCAUCCUGAUGUCACUGAGGCCAUGCUGUACCAGAAGUUUUCUCCUGCUGGUCAGAUCAUGUCCAUCCGUGUGUGCCGAGAUGUUAUUACACGGAGAUCCCUCGGAUAUGCUUACAUCAACUUCCAGCAGCCUGCUGAUGCGGAAUGUGCCCUUGACACAAUGAACUAUGAAGUCAUCAAGGGUCGUCCAAUCAGGAUCAUGUGGUCUCAACGAGAUCCAGGUCUGAGAAAGUCUGGUGUGGGAAACAUCUUCAUCAAGAACAUGGAUGAGUCUAUUGACAACAAGGCUCUCUAUGACACCUUCUCUGCCUUUGGUAACAUCUUGUCAUGUAAGGUGGUUUGUGAUGAGAAUGGCUCAAAGGGUUAUGGGUUUGUGCACUUUGAGACCCAAGAAGCAGCCAACAGAGCCAUUGAGACCAUGAACGGCAUGCUUCUGAAUGACCGCAAAGUUUUUGUAGGGCAUUUUAAGUCUCGUAAGGAGCGUGAGGCAGAGUUUGGAGCUAAAGCCAUGGAGUUUACCAAUGUGUACAUUAAGAACUUCGGUGAAGAUAUUGACCGUGAGAAACUGAAGAGCAUCUUCUCUGAAUUUGGUAAGACCCUUAGCGUCUGUGUAAUGACAGAUGAAAGGGGACGCUCUCGUGGCUUUGGAUUUGUCAACUUUGAAAACCACGGAGAUGCCAGGAGGGCAGUAACUGAAAUGAAUGGCAAAGAGCUGAAUGGCAGAGUCCUGUAUGUGGGCAGAGCUCAGAAAAGACUGGAGAGGCAGGGAGAACUCAAACGCAAGUUUGAGCAAAUAAAGCAGGAACGCAUACAACGCUACCAGGGGGUUAAUCUCUAUGUAAAAAAUCUAGAUGACAGCAUUGAUGAUGAGAAACUAAGGAAAGAGUUUGCACCUUAUGGAACCAUCACUAGUGCAAAGGUGAUGACGGAUGGAGGCCAUAGUAGGGGCUUUGGGUUUGUGUGUUUUUCCUCUCCUGAAGAGGCCACGAAGGCAGUGACUGAGAUGAAUGGCCGUAUCGUUAGCACUAAACCACUAUACGUGGCUCUUGCCCAGAGAAAAGAGGAGCGAAAGGCAAUCCUCACCAAUCAGUACAUGCAGAGACUAGCCAGCAUUCGAGCCAUUCCCAGCCCUACCAUACCCUCCACCUACCAGCAGAGCUCUGGCUACUACAUGACCUCUGUGCCGCAACAUCAGGUUCGCUCUUUUUACAACACCGUACCAAACCUGCGGCCUGUUCCACGCUGGACAGCUCAAGCACCGAGGACUCAAGCGCCAUUUACAGCUCAGUUUGUGAGACAAGCGGUGCCCCGCAGGCCUUCUACCACCAUCAGCACAGUCCGCCAGGCCUCCACUCAGGUUCCUCACAUUAUUAACAACACCCAGCGAAUGGCCAACAUUGGCACACAGACUGCAGGUGGGAGAACUGCCGGAGCUGUAGUCAGAGGAGCCAGUCAAUACAAAUACUCAGCAGGAGUGCGAAAUGUGCAGCAGGUCAUCAGUGCUCCAGCUCCUGUCAUCCACCAGGUAACAUGUACAUGCACACCUGUAUUUUUCGUAUAA